CCCCUUUGCUGAGAGCCAAUGGCAGCUUGGGCUAGUGUGGGUUGAGUGAGUUGCGUCAUUAGUCCCAGCAACUCCGGGCUCGCUGCGCUCCCCAGCUUCCGGCGCAGCCUCACGCCUGCGUCGCGGCCCGCGGUCGGUGCUGCUGGCCUGGGCGUCUGGAGCUGCAGGCUCGGCAUGUGGUGCGCGAGCCCAGCCGUCUGGCUGGCCUUUUGCGCCGGGCUCUGGGUCUCUAACCCGGCGCCGGGGCUGGGCCAGGAGGCCGGGGGUCGCCCGGGGGCCGACUGUGAAGUAUGUGAAGAAUUCUUGAACCGAUUCUACAAUUCCUUGAUAGCCAGAGGAAUUAACUUUUCUCUGGACACCAUAGAAAAAGAAUUGGUCAGCUUUUGCUUGGGCGUUAAAGGAAAAGAAAACCGCCUGUGCUAUUAUCUAGGAGCAACAAAAGAUGCAGCCACAAAGAUCCUAAGUGAAGUCACUCGUCCAAUGAGUGUGCACAUGCCUGCAAUGAAGAUUUGUGAGAAGCUCAAGAAGAUGGACAGUCAGAUCUGUGAGCUAAAAUAUGAAAAGAAAUUAGACUUAGCAUCAGUGGACCUGUGGAAGAUGCGAGUGGCAGAGCUGAAACAGAUCCUGUACAGCUGGGGAGAAGAAUGCAGGGCCUGCGCGGAGAAAGCUGACUACGUAAAUCUGAUCAAGGAGCUGGCACCCAAGUAUGCAGCGAUGCACCCCAGGACAGAGCUCUGACCCUCAAAUGCUGGGGCACCACUGGUUAUAAUUAGAGACAAAAUGAGUCUCCAGGAUAUGGAUGAGUUGGUUAAGAGUACCGGGAAUUGCACUGUGCAUGGUCGCAUACAUUUUGUUUUGAUAUGACACUUCAGGACUGGUUGCUUGGGUUUGUAAGUAAAACUGUUAAUAUUGGUGGUAUCUUACAUUUUCAGUGUACCAAAACCUAAAAGUGCCUUUCUCAUAAUUUUCUGGUAAGGACUAUGUAAAUGAUUAUUGGCUAUCUCCUAAAAUUGGGAAAAGCGAACUAUUGAAAAAUUGAUGUAGUAAAUUGAUUCUAAGAAGGAGGAUAAUGCUCACAGGCCUCUCUGUGAACAAAUAUUUAAUUGAAUGGGUUGGAUUAGGAUAGAAGGAACAAUGUUUAGCUUAUUAACUCUACACUUCAACUCAAAAUAAUAACCUGGCAUUAAAAAAAGUUUUUU